GAGAAGAAGAAUGACGAGUGAUGAAGAUGUUCAACUUCCAUUACGUUCCACUAACAAAAGACGGCGUCAUCGAAUUGGUGGAAAUGAGUCUACUGCGGAAAACCCACCACCACCAACAACGGUUGAGGCAACUAAAGGGAAGAGGAGGGUAGCGGAGCCUGCUGCUGCUGCUGCGGAUUCAAAGAAGAACGGUACUAAAUCUUCCAUGAAAAACCAGCGUAUGCUCUGUAAGAGAGAUACGGGAGGGGAAAAUGGUGAAAUGAUGCAAUUAGGAGGAGGACUUGAGCCAUGUUCAGAUGCUGAAAGGAUGAGAAUUUUGAGCGAUUGGAAGUUCGAUCAGACUGAAGCUAGGAUUGGUUUAGCAGAAAUGAUCAUUCUAGAUUCCUUGCCGUUUAGGUACGUUGAGCGCGAAGGGUUUAGAACGUUUAUGGAGCGUGCUUGUCCUAUGUUUGAGAUUCCUAGCUGGAAGAUCGUUAGACAGGACUGUUUUAGGUUGUUCCUCGAGGAGAGGUACAAGUUGAAGGAGUAUUUCGCAGAUAAUGCUUCAGGGAGGGUUUCUAUCAGCACUAAUCGUUGGACGUGUGCUCAGAACUACAGUUACAUGUCUGUAACGGCUCACUUUGUUGGGAAAGACUGGAAGUUGCACAGAAGGGUUAUCAGCUUCUUUCGAAUUACCAGCCGCAAGGGCUGCGAUAUCGGAGAGCAAAUCGCAAGUUGCCUGGAAGAGUGGGAGUUGAAGAGUGUUUUCUCCAUCACUGUUGACAAUGCAAAUGUGAGGGAUGAUGCAGUCACCCAUUUAAGGGAUAAACUUGUCACUUGGGGGAGCAGUAUUAGGUAUGGCACAUAUCUUCAUACGCGAUGUGUUAGUCAUAUCAUCAAUUUGAUCGUCACUGAUGGGUUGGAGGAAAUCGGCAUAUCAGUGAGUCGGGUGAGAGAGGCCGUGAGAUGGACACUUGCGUUACCUUCUAGGUAUGCUAAGUUUAAGGAAUUUGUUGCCUUUCACAACAUUGAGACAAAGAGGAAGUUGUGCCUGGAUGAGCCUAAUAGGUGGGAUUCUACUUGCUUCAUGUUGCUGGCAGCUGUGAUAUUUGAGAAGCCAUUUGAGUCACUUGAGAGAUCAGAUCCUAAUUUCAGGUCGGAUCUUGAGGCCCAAAGGUAUAAAGAUGAACCAGUGGGUCCUCCAACACCAACUGAUUGGAACAAUGUAAGGAAUUUGUGCAAAUACCUUAAACAAUUCUAUGAGUUCACCUUGCUCGUCUCAGAGGCUUCCUAUGUGACUUCCCAUCUAUUUCUUAGAGAAUUUGGAAAGAUUUUCCAUUACAGCUAUACAAUGGAAUCCAGUGAAGAUGGCGAGGUUAGAAUCAUGGCCUCAAAAAUGCAUAACAGAGUUGCAAAGUACUGGUCUGAGAAGGAUGACUUAAAUGCGAGAAUGAAUAGGUUGUUUUACAUAGCCGUGGUGCUUGAUCCUAGACACAAAAUGGAGUAUCCAAAGUAUAUCUUGAGAAAGCUGUAUGGAGAAGCUAGAGGGGACCAAUUGGUGGAAGAGCUGAAGGAAGAACUCGUUGAGCUGUUUGAGCAUUACCAAAGAAUGCUCAUGCCUGCCAACCAAAGAACCAAAAGUUAUGUUGCGAUGGAGAUUCCUAAGGUGGAUGUGCGCAAACAAACUGGUAGUUUUAAUGAUAGUUAUGAUGAGAGCAGGGAUGAUGUUUAUAGAACUGAACUGGAAACAUACCUGGCCGAGUUUCGUGAGCCUAAUGGGACCCUACCGCAAGAGUUUGAUAUCCUGAGAUGGUGGAUGAUCUAUGCGGUGAGGUAUCCUAUAUUGAGCGAGAUGGCGAAAGACAUUCUUGCUGUCCCUAUAUCCACUGCAUCAUCCUCUAAGAGCCCUUUCGAUACGGAGGGCCAAGUGUUGGAUUCCUUUAAGAGUUCUUUGACUCCCAAGAUUAUGGAGGCUCUCAUAUGUAGUGAAGAUUGGUUGAGAUCUUCGAAUUACUCAUCGCCACUUUCCAAGGAUGAUUAUGAGGAUCCAGAAGAACUUGAAAAUGCGUUCCAAUCUAUGGUUCGGACCGUGAAUGCUUCUAUUCUGGGAGAAGAAGAUGAAGAAAGUGAUUCAGAUUCGAGUCAGGAGAAUGAAGGCAGUUCAUCGGACUGAUUCGACUUUGCUUUUGGUAGUACCUGAUGUCUUUUCGGUUUAUGGUCUAUGGAUGAUAUCUAUUUUCUUGCUGUGUAUGGAUUAUGUAUCUGUGGUCUAUUGACGAUUAUGGGUUGAUGAAUGGACUGUAGUUUAGAUGAUCGUUAUUGUAUCUCUAUUAUGGAUUUAUGGUUAUAUGGAUGCUGGUCCAUGGAGCUCCUGGAGAUUGCAAGUUUGAAUUAAUGCAAGAAGUUUCUCCCACUAGUCGGUUGUGGAUUGAGUUUCUGAUUAAUAAGUAAGAUUGGAUCACUAAUUGGGUGGA